UGGGCUGGGGAGCAAAGCGGGCGCCUAGAGAGCUGCUGAGAGCCAGCUGAACCGGGGACUACGCGGCUGAGGAGCUCCUGGGGCCUUAUAGGCGGCUACGGCGCCAUUAUUGGUUGCCCCGUAUAGGCUCCGCCUCCUGCCCCUCUUCUUGUAGUCGGUGCACACGGAUGACGUUGCGGGGCGCGCUGCUGGGGCGGCAUGCCGUGAGCCGGCCGGGCUCGCGGCAUCAGUGGAUCCCCGCUGCCGUGCGCUGCUGACACCGCCGAGCUCGCGCGCGGGCGCCUCUCCCGGCGCCGCCGCCAUGUUCCGGCGGGCCCGUCUCACCGUGCGGCCCAAUGUGCGGCCCCUGGGCAGGGCCGCCGCCGCCGGCACUGGCGCGGUGGACCCGGAGCCGCCGGAACCCCCAGGUUCGGACACCCCGGCGGCGGACGGAUCAGGGACCGCGCCAGGAUCGGCGGACGCGCGGCGGGAAGAGAGUGAUGACAAGGCGGACAAUGCAAGUGGUGCUGGGGAAGCUAGUAAACAUGCAGAGAUAUUUACACAGAGAAGAAAACGUAUCUCCACCAUGCCAAAUCUUGUCAAACCCAUAGCCGGACCAUCGUCUGCUCAGUGUUCUGCACCAAAACCUCAGAGGAGAACAUCACAGGCUUCUGAUGGCAUUGCUUCACUUCAUAAGGAUCCCUCCCCAUCAGAAAAGAGUAAUGUUGAAAGCUCUGUAAAGUCUCCUAUGCUUCCUGAGAAGAAAACACCUGUGCCACAAGUGCCACAGUUUUCACCACUAAAAAAGUCUGUGAACAAAGAGCAAACUGUUGGUGUAGCUGCUCAGAAAAAUGAUGAUAGCUUGCAGAAGAAUGUACCCUCUCCUCUCAAGGAGAGACCAACACAGGAAAGAUCACGAACACAGGAGGAAAAGCUACCUGUGAAACCUUCUCAUGAGAAAGUAAAACGGUCAUGUUCUGACCGUGAAAGGAUCCUCAAAGCUCGGAAAUUAAGAGAAAUGCUUAAAGAAGAAUUGAAGAAAGAGCGUAUGAAGUUGAAACAUAGGCCUCUAGUAAUCGAAGGACAUUCUCCACCAGAUCGUUCUAAAAUGACCAUGAGAGACUUAAUAUACUAUCUGCCAGAAAACAAUCCUAUGAAGUCUUCAUUGAUAGAAGAAAAGAGAACAGAAAGAAGUUCUGCACUGAGUCAAAUGAAAGAACAUGAAGAGAAAAGUAUUCCUCAUCAUGAAGAAGAGGAGGAGGAGGAAGAAGAGAAUGGGGAAGAGAGUCAGGACAGCCCACUUCUCGUUCCUCGUGUGAAAGUAGCAGAAGAUGGUUCAAUCAUUCUGGAUGAAGAAAGCUUAACUGUAGAAGUUCUAAGAACAAAAGGUCCAUGUGUUGUUGAAGAAAAUGAUCCCAUCUUUGAGCGUGGCUCUACAACUACAUAUUCUAGCUUCAGGAAAAGUUUUUACACAAAACCAUGGUCAAAUAAAGAAACAGACAUGUUUUUUUUAGCUAUCAGUAUGGUAGGAACAGACUUCUCCUUGAUUGGGCGGCUGUUUCCUCACAGAGCCAGAGCAGAAAUUAAGAACAAGUUCAAACGUGAGGAAAAAGCUAAUGGAUGGAGAAUAGACAAAGCUUUCAAAGAAAAACGACCCUUUGAUUUUGAAUUCUUUGCCCAGCUUCUUGAGAAGGUCUUAGCAGAUGAGGGAAAGAGGAAGCAAAAGACUGUUAAAAGCCAGAAGCCAAAAGAAAAAAAGUCUCCAAGGCCACAGAAGAAGUCAAAAGCAAAAGCUGCCAGCACAGAAGCUGCUAAUGAUCAAGAUGAACUUCAGGAAGCUGAAAUUUCUGAUGCAGAAACAGAAGUAGAUGGUGUGACAGCUGAGAAAGAAAAUGAGGAAUCUUUGGGCCUUUCUGAACAGGCAGAAGAAGAGGUUGCAUUAGAGCCAGCAUUAGCAAAAAAUAAGAGAAAGAGGAAGAGAAAAGAUGAUUUUGAACAGGAAGUGGAGAAUAUUCCAGAAGUGCCUGUUCCUUCAAAAACUUCUGAAGAAGGGAAGUCCUCUAAUAAAAGGAAAAAAGUGAUACAUGAUGCAAGCAGUGAUGGUGAUACUACCUGUGGAAACAAAGCGGAUUGUGCUAUUGAGGGAGAGCAAAAUGAGAGUGCUGUUACAGAGGAAGAGAGAUCAGAGUCCUGUUCAUCAGUGAAUAACCAAAUGGAGAGAGAACGUGAUGUCAAUUUAUGCAGCCUUGAAGAUAGCAAUGAUGUUACACUAGAAGCAGAACCUGCUAAAUUGAGAAGCAGAGAUAUUAAAGAUGAUACAUCACAGGAAAGCCAGAUUCCAGAGUUACCAGUUUCAAAUAUUAGAAGCAAGGAAAGAGAAUGUGUAGAAACUACAGAAUCAAAGACUGAAGAUACAGAUCACUUACAAAAAACAGAUGGAAAGCAGAGUGCAUCAGAAUGUGGUUCACAGUCUGAAAUCAUGAAAACGGAAAAGUCAGCAGAUAGAAGGCGCUGGCCAAGACCUAAACCAAAUUUAGUGAGAUCAUCUGGAAGGAGGGAGACAGCAGCACAAGACAAAAUGGAAGGCAGAACUUCUUCUCCAACCCUUGAAAAUGCAGGUGAAAAGUGCUCUGAAGAUGAGAGUAGAAGAAACAAAAAUGAAGCCACAGAAGUAGAUAACAGGGAUUUGGCUACUGCAUCUCAAGAACCUGAAAAAGCUGCAAUUGCAAAGACAAUAGUUAGAGGAUAUCAACAAAGAUUUAAACCUAAUGUUACAAGAGCAUCUGGAAGGAAAGAAGAGCCUGAAAAAGAUGCAGGAAAUGAUGAAAUAUCCUAUCUACAGCCUAAGGGGGAAACUGAGAAGAAUAAUGACCAAGGUAAUAGAUCUGAUGAUACCAGUGAAGAUACUGCAGAAAAAGAUGACAAAGUCCUGGAGACAAUGUCUCAGUCUAAUGAAACAGCUGGUUUAAAAGAAGAUAGCAAAUGGAUCGUGUUGAAUCAAACACCUCUAAAAAGAGGUAGAAUACAGAGACCAAAACCAAAUCUAGGAAGAACUGUUGCAAGGCAAAAAGAACUGAUAGAUGAAAAAGAUCCUGAAGUGGAGACAGCUGAAGGUGGAAAAGCAGAAAAAGGUGUCACACACCAUCGAGAUGAAAACAAUGAUCUCUGCCUCAAAUGUGAUUUAGCAGUUCAUGAGGGCACUCAGCCAUCCAGUGUGACGUUAAAAGAUGUUUCUGCAGAUUCUGAGAUGAACUCAAAUACAAGACAGUGUUUCCAGGAAAAAUCCUCAGAAGGAAAAAGCAAUGAAAGAGAAAAGGGAUUGUCAGAUGUCUCAAAACAGGCUUCAGAUUCUAUUACAGGGGAAUCUCAUCCUCAGAAGAAAGAGGAGAAAACUGUUGUAUCAUCAGCUUGGCCACUGAGGACGCAAUUACAGAGGCCAAAGCCAAAUUUAAGAAUAACUAGUAGAAAGGAAGUUCUGGAUGUAAAGAGUAAAAGUGCAUCACAGAAAGAUACCAGCAAGGGAGAAAGUUUGACACAGUGUGAUAGUGAAUGUAGCAUCCCUCCUGACACAGAUAAAGGAAUAUGUGAAGUCUUAAAUGCACUAGAAUCCUUGGGAAAGGAGAAGUCACUUUGUUCUCAGGAGGUUUCUGAGAGGCCAAAUUGUAAGUCCCCAAAAACAUUCUCAAGAUCAGAGGAUGGUGAACUGGAGUUCUGCCUACCUGAAAUUAGCCAAGAUGACAUUUCUACUACUGUUGCAGGUGCUCAAGAAGAACAUCAAUAUGCACCUCUCCCACCUAUUCAGCUGGCACAGAACAAGAGGUACAAGCCAAACUUGGUAAGAGCUAUUGGAAAGCAGGAGUUACAAAUAUCAGAAAAUGAGAGCAAGAAAAAGCCUGAAGCACAGCAAAGAGAUGAGUUUGACAAUACUGUCAUGGGUGAAAAUGCAGCUGUAUUGUGUGAAGCAGAUGUAUUGAGUAAAGAGGAAGAGGAACAGCAAGAGAUGCCUCAGAUGCUCUCUAUUUCUGAAACCUUAUUGUCUGAACAAAGCAGGUCCAGUGAUAAAUUAAGUUCUGGAGAAGAAAGUGAACAGAGAGGAAGGGAACCCCAUUGGAACCCAAGGCCAGACCUAAUGAGACUUACUAGGAAAAGAGAUUAUCCUGAAGAGUGUGAAAACAGAAAACAGGACAAUACUGAAAGAAAUGAAGAAGAGUUUUUGGUAUUAUUAAAAACAGGUGUAUCAGGGGAAAACUCCGGUAAUACAGUGGAAGCUGGAUCCUUCUCAGAAGCUACAAGGAGCCACAAUUUUGCAGAGAAUUUUAAAGAAACAUCUUGUAAGAGAAUCAGAGAGAACAUUACACUCCAGUCUCUGGUGAUAUUGUCAGAGAGUGAGAGACAUGUAGAACAAGAUAAUGAUUCUCAGCUAUCUACCUCACAGGAAAAGCAUUCAGACAAUCUCACAAGAAGGCAAUUCAGGAGAUCAUCAAAACAGACAGCACUGCCAGAACAUGUGUUGGAGCCAAAACCUGCUACUUCUUCUGCCUCUGAAUGUGAGGCUGAUUGCAGUGAGAAGGGGAGUCAAAGGCAAGAAGCUAAAUUGAGUGUUACCAGAGACAAAAGUUUGAAAACUACACAGAGAAGAAAAUCUGGGAAGGAAUCCAGAAGUUCAAAGAUAACCUUUGUCACCCUCCGGGCUUCUCAAGAGGAGGAGGAUGAGGAGGCAGAUGACUUUGAGCUUGAUGAUGAAGAUGAAUGCUUUGCAUCAGAGGAAGUAAACAAGGCUCCAGCAUUUGUUCCUAUAGGUCUUCGAUCUCCAAAACCAAUUCCUGUGCAGAUACAGGAAACUGUGGAGGAGCUGGAAAUAUCUGUGAAUAUCCCAGAUGUGGCGGUGGAUGCUCAUGCUGAAAAUCUUUCUUUUGUUUCUUUCCAACCAGUAGUACAGAGGGAAGACAAAAGCACCUCAACAGCUGAAACAAUCAUACAUGAAAAUCCAGAUGUGGACAAAGGAAUUAACGAUGGAAGCACUGAAGCUGCUAUGACUUUACUUGCAAUGGGUGAUCCAAAUUUCCAGUUAAAAACAAGCACUGAAGAACAGACACACAUGUUACCUGCUCAAAAUGACUUGGGCACAGCUCAUAGCCUUGUAAUUCAUGCAUACUCCAAAGAAAAUAGAGCUUCUAGUCAAUAUUUGCUGGCUUCAGACACUUCUAUCAAGGAACUGCUGCCUUCUGAGGAUGGAAGCAACAUCAAUGUAAAGCAUCAAACCACUGGCACAAGAAUAGGCGUAGAAGAAUAUUCAGAGAUGGAUGCUACUGAUACCAGUGGUAGCUCUUUGCCUACGGUGAAUAGUAUGGGACUGACAGGAGGUGGAUGCCUGGAGUCUGAGUCAACCACUGCAAUAUUGAGGUCUAAUGAAAACAUAAUGCAGGACAUACUUAAUGCAAAUGUCCUUGUGGAACAACUAGAACAAAUUCAAACUGAUCCUACAACCCUGAGGGGUAAUGCAGAAAUGCAGAAAGUAGAACCAGAACCAAUCAGACCAGUUGCAGGUGAUUCUUCAGCUGUUCAUGACUUUGCAUCUAGAAGUAUGGCACCUACCAAGCAAGUAGACAGAUCUGAGAGAACAGAAAAGCAGAUAAGAGAUGCUUGUGGAAAUUCAGGAGAUUUAAGACAUCUAACUGCAUCACCAAAACCUGAAAAAUCACACCUUGGACUAGAAGAUUGUCCAAAUCCAAGUUCUGUGGAGGAACUGUCUGAGCAGAGUCCUUGUCCUCUUGAGCACCAUAUAUGUGCAGUCAGCUUUACUCAGAAUGAAGCUUAUACUCAGGAUGCUCAACGGCAUUGCAUAAGCAGCACAGAAGAAACUUCAGUAGUGAAUUAUGAUCAUAGAUGUCCAGAGGAAGAACAGACGUUCAUUUUAACACUGGUGGAAAUCCCAGCUGGCUCAAAAGAGUUUGAUGCAUCUGCUAUGGUGGAACAAACUUCAGAACCAGUACUACCAGCCCCAAUACUUAUCAGCCCAAUGAAUACAAGUGAAACAACUGUGACUGAAGUGGAGAGUAUUGGAUCCUUGACAACUGCAGCUGGUAAGGUUGCUGGACCUUUAAACAGCACUGUGGAAACCAAACAACUAGAGAGUGCAGUAGACCCUGUUCCGAAGUUGCAGAUAGCUCAAAAACAGUUGGCUGCUGAGCUUGAAGAGAAUGAUUUUCCUCCUUCCAAGAAAACUCCAUCUACUGUUGCAGUGGAAAAUAAGCUGGAAACCACUUACAAGGGUUAUUCAAUUAAAUCCACAGAUGUGCCAGUGGUAACUUCUGGGAAUCUUUUUCAAAAAACAGAGUCUUCAGCAAAGGAAAAAGUACUUACUUCUGUAUUGGUGUCUGAGUCUAUCUCACAACUGGCUGAGAGAAGCCAGCUUGAGACUUUGGAGAGCUGUGGGAAAGCACCAUUUGAGAAUGUAGCAUCUGAAAAGGAAGAGGAGGCUAUGUCUAGAUUAACCUCUAACAGAAGAGGAGAAAUAAGUAGACAAGGAAAGCAGGAGAAUGUGCAUGAAUCUGCACAGUUGGAACAUACUAGAAGCCUAGCAUCAUCUUCAAAAACUCUAUUACUCAGGGGUGGACGAAAACCAUUGGGAUUUUUGUCUUUAAUUUGCAAAAAAAGUAAUUCUGAAUCUGCAGAAGACACCAAAGGGAAUAGAGGGAAGAUCCAAAAGCCUCGAAUUGUAACUCCAAAACCAAGUCUAAAGAAACCCACUCCACCCACUAAGGAUGAGAAGGAAUCUUGUUCCUUUCCCUCUACUUCAUCGUCUGUGGAACAUGAGCUUGUAGCUGCUGAUGCUGCAGUUAUGGUUCUAAGUAACAGCUCAUCUGAGAAGCAACCUCUCUGUGCUAAAGAGAAGGAAGGAGAGCCAACCAAAAUCUCUGAAUACUUUUUUAGCGACAUCUUUAUGGAAGUGGAUGAUUCAGAAUAGUAAAUGGAUUUUAUAAAAACCUAGGAUCACAGAAUAUACUGCAACAAGAAAAGAGUAUUUUAAAAAUUACAAUUUGUUCUGAUAUUCAUUGUGCCACCUUUAAUGUCAGCCAGUAAUAACAGUACUAGAUAAAAUACCAGGAAAGUGAUCUCUUUAACAAUCAGGAGAAACUGAACAUUCUUCAAAAGUGACGUAACAGAUUCAAAGGAGAAGAUGGAACGGAAAGGCUAAAAAGCAUCAUCUUCUGCUCCUCCUCUAACAAACUGGUGCAAUUACUAAUAAACCCCCCAAACAUGCUACUGGAACUGGGAUGCAGGGUCGGACAAAGAAACCAUAAAUGAAAUAUAUCUUGAACAAGCUCCAGUACCUAUAUAAACUCCCUAUAAACCAUUAUCACCGAUCCCAGCACAAUAGCAACCAAAAUCCAUGCCCCUCUACUGUAAAAGCUACAUGUUAGGGACAAUACUGGAGCUAUCUCCAGAUAAGAAAAUAAGCCUAGGGACCAGAAAGGUAUUAAAACCUCAAAACAGCCUAGGGACCAGAGACAGGUGAAGGCCUCCACCCAGAGAGACAUUAUGAAUUCAAGCAACAUGGCUACUGAUUGCUUUAUCUCAACACAGAGUAACUACAACCAAAAUGCAAUUAGUACGGUUUUUUUUUUCACUUUCUUGAGCCACAUGUUGGGCACCAAAAUAAUGUAUUUGUCCUGGUUUAGGGCAAAUUUGGGAGGAAGCUUUCAAAGGGGUCCCUCUAGAAAGCAGAUUCAAGCAGCCCCUCCCCCAAGUGGUUUGGAAAGAUUUCCUUGCUGUUUAUUUAACAAGCAAAGUAUUCACAAGCAUAAAAAAUGAACAGUAUUAAACAAUAAAACCUCUUGCUGUUCUGAAGAAAUGGCAAAUUCAGAAAGCCCUUUUCAUGGGGUGUAGCUCAGCCCACUCAGCCUGUUGUCAGUUUCUCCUGCGCUGGAAAAUGCCACGUCCUGGACUCCAGUGGGCCACAGUCAUGAGCUCCCAGUGUUGUUCUGGGUUUUCAGUCCAGAGCAAGGGUGAUCAGUUCUCAAAAACAGAAGAGCCACAGUCCAGGGAACUUCUCUGCCUCAGCUAGCUAAAAACUAACUAAAAGCAAAGGAAAGCUGUCUGCUGUCUGUCUGUUCUUCAGACAACACAGUUUGUGAGAGAGAAUGUGGAGGAGCAAGUGCAGCUUCUGAUAACUAACUCUGCACUGCUCUUCCCCUUCGCUCUCAGAACCAGUCUUAAAGGUGCAAAGUCCAGCAUCAACAAAACAGAUGACUGGGGAUACAAGCAUCAUAAAUUCACCCUAGCACAUAUUGUUAAUUAACACCGUAAAUAGGAAAUGGAUUCUUUCUGAAGCAACCUAGGCACUUUCAAAAUGCUGACAUAGUCUGAACCACUACAGUGAUGUCAUAGGACCAGACUACCAACUGCCAGCUUACAGUUUCACUUGUUUAGACACUGAUAGUGAGUGCAUGACUAUCCUACAGAAAAGUGCAAUGAAAUAAUGCUUAAUCUUGCAACAAGUAUUCUUUUACAUUUUAAUGCUAAAGCUUCUUGGUACUGACUAUUCAAGUUUUUUGCUUCUUUUUGUGAAGUAUGUUACGUUAGAAGAAGGAAUGAACCUUUUGGGUAUAAUGUAAUAUCUGAAGAUCAGAAUGCAAAUACUGGAAGUGGUGUAGUGAGUACAUAUGUACAUAUGUCAAGCAUUGCAGGUGUUUUUAUUUGAAUCUCCAAAUUACAUAAUUUUGUAAGAGUUUUUUAACCAUGUAAUUUAACAGAUCAUAACCUGAAAAGCCUAAUAGGAUUGGUUCCUUAAAAAUUGGUUGAAAACUUAAAAACACAAUGUACUAAAAAAUGAUAACUCAAGGUUUGCAACCUUUUUUAUCACUUGGAGGAAGAGAUUGAUGUUUCCUAGUAUAAAUGCUAAUUUUCUUCUAAAUUGGAAAACAAAGCUAUAGAUACAAUUUAUUUUCCUUAUUUUUACAUGUAGUUGUUUGUAUAUUUACUGACUUCCUCGGUUUCCCUUGUGCAAAGUAGCACAAAGAGAUUGGAUUUAAACCAUGAUUAUACAAUGUCACUUUUGAGGAUUUGCUGCUUUGAAGCACUUGAAUUAAAAGGGUUUUCUUAUGUGCAUGUCUGCUUGUACUGUAACUUGCCAUAAAAUUCUGGUUUAGCUUUAGAUUUUAAUUUAAGUAUUUAUUUACCUCCUCAAGAAAUUUGUCUGGGUAAGGUAAUUAGGUUUAUGCACUCUUAAAGUCAGGUGGUUGCUGAAAGAUUCAAUAUUUAGUCUGAAACUCCUGCUUGCACAAGCUUGAGUAGUCUUAAAAUUUCUUCCAUUACUUAAUACUUGCAGGUGCUUUUGCAAAGCCAUUUAUUAUGAAGGUGAAACUGAUGUUUAAAUGGUAUUGUUAAUGCUCUCAAGAAACCUAUCAUCAGGUUUGGACUGCGUAAUCCUUUACUGGCAGGUAAAUAAUAUAAAUAUGUAGUUAAUUCUGAAAUAGUUGAUGAAGUUUGAGAAUGUUUUUCUUUCCAGAAGUUAUUGGCAAGACUUCUGAAGGAACCUUUAAACUUUUGUCAGAGAGGAGAAAUAUAGAAAAAAGUUCAUGUUACUGCAAAUUGGUAUAUUAGCUCUGCCAGUGAAAUGUCACUAGCAACAGUAUUCCUUGAGGUGAUGGAAAAGCGAGUAGUGGUCCCAGUAUAGAGUAACUUACUUGAAAGCAUCUGAGCAACCCACCUCAUCCCCCAAAAAAACCUCAAAAAUACCAACAGUUUCUGUUCAGAUGAUAUCUUGUGUUUUGCCUAAUCCGUUUAACUUGAAAUGUUUAUCUAAAUAUUGUUUUACUGUAAACAUUAUGAAAGAGAUUAAUGUAUACAUGUAAUUCUAUGUAUUGUAUAUCUUGUAGAUAUUAAGUAUGCAAGUGUUUACUUCCUGAUAUGUCUGGCAUGUUUUAUAUCAAUUACACUCAUAGAGUCUAAAAAUAGAUUCUUGGGGGGUGGCUAUGAAAUAAAUGUUGUGAGUACCUUAUGAGGGGAUAAUCAUUCUACAUUUAGUUGCAUACAUUUUAGCUUGCAUUCAUGUUACAAGGGGGAAAAAAUCAACUACUUCAUUACUAAGAUUUAUGGUGCCUUAUCUGCAUUGUUAACUGGGGCUAUGCUUUCUUUUUUCUUGCAGCAAAUUACAUGCACUUUGUUAGAGGAUUUUUUUAAGAACAAAUUUAAUUUGAAUAGAAAUAAGAGAAUUUUGUGUUCUGUUUUUUUGUGUGGAAGUUUUAUAAUGAUGAAGGAUGUAAGAAAAUAUUGUUGAAAUCUCAAUACAUAUGAGUGGCAUUUUUACAAAGAUGUGGCACAAAACUGCUUUGCUUAGAGUUGUCUGAUGCCCUGUAUCAUCACAUAUAAGCUUUCUGUGUCAAACGAAGUAGUCCUCUUCUGUAUAUAAAUUAUGUGAAUAAAUGAUUUUCUUCUA